AUGUUGUUUGUGUUGUACUCGCUGCUGGUCAGCAUGUCCAGAUGUUCUGCUGGUGUGGAAGAGAAGUCUGUGUGGAUACGCAACCAGAGAGAACUUGGCUCUCCUAAAAGAGAAGUUCAUUCCAUGCGUGCGGUUGCAUGCCGGGAGUUUGCUGACGCCAUGAGCACCAAUAGCCUCGCUCCAGAGGCUGCGACCUCCACCGACCUGUACAACCUCGAUAUCAGCCGCUCAGGGGACACUGUCAAAUCAACGGAAGGGACACUGAUGAACAACGAAAACAUCGAAAUGAAAACACGACCUCUCUGCAGUUAUGUUUUCUUACGAAACAUCGGCAAACACACCCCCACCGCAACCGAACCGGAGACGAUAACGGCCACACCUCCUACUGCAGGAAGAGAUGGUAUCGCCCUUCACCAGGGUCGUCAUGGUGACGAUGUUAGAGUGACAGGUCCCCAUGUCGAGAGAGAUAGUUAUGUUUCCGGAAUAAAUGAUAAGAAAGGACAAAAUAAGCGUGGAAGAAAAGUGACACUCGGUCUUGAAUAUUUGAGAAAGGUUCUUAAGAUAACAAACGUCUUGGAUCGAAAACGGCGGGAAACUGCUGAGUCGUCUGCAAAUGACGUCACAGUCCGAAGAAGUGUGAGCGUGAGGCAGAGUCUGAUCUCCAAGGCAUGCUGCCGAGCGGGACGGCAUUUUGGCGGGAACCCAGAAAUCGCGAACUGCUCGGAGGCUUCGGAUCGGUUCGUGUCGGGAAACAUCGCCGUUCUCACAGACCUACGCGAGAUCUGCGUCGGCCAUUUUGUCGUCUGCUGCAAAGAAACAAAACAGAACCUUCAAACCGCCGUCCCUUCGCUUAAAUCAGGGCCAAAAACUGCCCCGGUACAGCAAGAAGACAACCGCAGCGAAGAGGAAACUGAAGACGAAAACCCCUUACCGGAACCUCCAACUGAGCAAAGCGUACUGACAUCAACAAAAUCAGCAGUUCAACUGGCGUACACCUGUUGCCUGAAUGGACGGAGGGCCGCCUACAACUUGGCGAAAAGAUGCGAGGAUGAACGAGAUGUCUACCUCAACCGAACCACUAGGGGCGCUCUUCACACCGCUGAAGCUUUGGUCGGAUGUCGGAUGGAGUUUGGGCGAUGUUGUCACGGGCAACGAGACACCUUAAAGUCCACCGGCGAGCCACGGUCGCCGCCAAGGAAAGACUUAGCCACUCUCCGGGGUUUACAGCUGAAGCAGCACUGUUGUAGACAGGGCUCCAUCCAGGGGUUAGCGCCGGAAACGGAGUGUGCGCAAAGCGCGCGAGAAUUCGCGUGGCGGCCGCUGAAGCGGUUCCCCGGUCGGCGUGCCCAGUGUUCGAGUGAGUACAAGCACUGCUGCGCGCUCCGACAGGAACAGAGCAGAAGGGUGGACGCGAUUCGUACGGCCAGAAAGCGCUGGGAGCAGAGAGUAUCUACUCCAACCGUGGCUACUCCGACACAGACCAGCAAUGCUUCUUUCAAACGCCCGCUUCAAAGUUCACGUUACUUAGUUGAAAAAGGCGCCAGCGAAGAGAUUUCAACUGUGAUGCCUUACCAACACUCAACGAAGAAAAGAGUACAUGUGAACUCAAGGCGUGCAUCCAGCGAAGACGACGGUACUGCAGUGAAAAGUGAGCAAGCGAGUACGGAAAAAUCGCCUAAAAUCGUCAUGGAUGAAGUCACCCGCAAAGGUACUUCAAUUGCGACGCCUUCACAACGCUCACAGAAGACAAGAGGACGUCUGAACCAAAGACGUGCAUCCAGCGAAGACGACAUCAUCAUUAAUGUUGGGAAGAGCUCGCGUGCCAGGGACAUGGACGUUUCUUCCAAACGCUCUUCUCUAAGGUCCGUUGCCUUAUUGCAGAGUGGCAAAGAGGUUUCUAGUUCAAAGAACUUUUCUUCAACCGUGACUCCUUACAAAGAGUCAAUGGAAGAACCAGUGGGUUCAACAUUUAUGCAUGCAUCCAAAGAAGUCGAGGAAAGCUCUCGAGUGAGCCAAGAGCUUUCAGAAAAAUCGACUAAAACCGGCGGUCGAGAUCAAGGCGCGGCUACAGCUACAUCUGCUAACAGCAAGCGGGUAGAAUCAUUUUCAAGCCAGGCUGCGGGUUCAGACGUUCGAGUGAAACCACCCUCCAGAUCUGAGAGAUCAAGAAAAGCAGCAAGACCGACGGCGAAGAGAAGAAGACGUGCCCGAAGACGCCACCGAGUUGCCCGAACACGCCCCGGUCCGCCCGCCCAGCUGCCGAACGACGGUGCGAAGCCUCCCAAGGCCACCCCGGAUAUCAUGGAUGUAUUAGCCCCCCACAGGCGCCCCCUGAGGCUGUGCUGCAUGCACGGCGGCCGCGUGGAUCCAAACGUGUUCCAGCCUCGCUCCUGCAGCCGGGAGGCCGACAGCUACGCCCGGGGGACGAGACUAACCGGCCCGGUACGCAAGCUGUGCAGGGAAGUGUACGAGCACUGCUGUCAGGCUGGGAACGAGACGCAUCCGGGACACGACCAACAUCCGGGACAUGUCGGCGUCAUCAGGUCGCCUAGUAGGAUGUCUAUCGAGGUGUCCCUGUCGACAGAGAAGAAACAGGGGCGGGAGCUGCUGAGGGUCUUACAUCACUGA